CAAACACUUAAUUUUUUCUUAAUCACCUCUUUGGAAAGACCCCUCUCUCUAAGGAUAGACUCGAAGCUUUUUUGUCCAAAGAGAAACAAACAACACUUUCUCUAUAUUUCAUUCCGUUUCAAAUUAUUUACCUUUUCUUCUUCUUUACUACCCUUUUGAAAUAACCAACAAUGGAGGCUAAAACCGGUUCUGGGCUUCCUCCUGGUUUUAGAUUUCACCCAACAGAUGAGGAAUUAAUCGUUUAUUACCUCGAAAACCAAGCCACCUCAAGGCCAUGCCCUGUUUCAAUUAUCCCAGAAGUUGAUAUCUACAAAUUUGAUCCAUGGGAACUUCCUGCACAGACAAGGCAGAGUUUGGAGAAAAUGAAUGGUACUUUUUUAGCCCCCGAGAUCGGAAGUACCCAAAUGGUGUUAGGCCCAACAGAGCAACUAUAUCAGGUUAUUGGAAAGCCACAGGUACGGACAAGGCCAUCUAUAGUGGAUCCAAGUAUGUUGGAGUGAAGAAAGCUCUUGUUUUCUACAAGGGCAAGCCACCCAAGGGUAUUAAAACGGAUUGGAUUAUGCAUGAGUAUCGCUUAACUGAUUCACGUAGACAAAUCACCAAACACGUUGGAUCCAUGAGACUAGAUGAUUGGGUCUUAUGCAGGAUAUACAAGAAGAGAAAUGUGAACAAAGCUCUAGAGCCAAAGGUGGAAGAUUUAAGUCCCCAUAUAGACAUAACAACAGUUGCCAAUGAGGCUACUAACGAGGAUCAUGAAAAACUGAAAUUUCCAAGGACUUAUUCCCUGGCACAACUAUUGGAUUUGGACUACUUGGGCCCAAUUUCUCAACUUUUGAGUGACAAUCCAUACAACUCAGCCCAUGAUUUUCUUCUCAACAACACCUUAACCAACUCAGGAACUGGUUUUGUUCAAAAAUUCGAGUUUGGUGAUGAAAUGCCAUACCAAAACGUUGACCCAGGGAGGUUCCAAGUGGCUCAGACCAGCACAUCCUUUACCCCAGGAUAUGAUAUGUAUUGUUUGGACCGUUAAAACAAGUUGAAAAAAGGAAGAAAAAUACUUCAAUUGGGUUUAGUUAGACUUGGACAUUAAGUAGACGAUACUUGUCUAAGAAAAUUGUACAUUUGUUAAACGUUAUUUCUCCUUCUAUUAAAGACAUUUUGUAAAAUGAAAUUAUUAAGACAUAUUUCAAAUUUCAAUUCACAAACAACAUUCUAUUA